AUGAAGGUCUAUCUUGCAGACGAUGAGCAGUUGAACAAUAUCAACAUAUUCGUCGAGCUUCCUGCUGAUCAAACCUCUUACUAUCCGGCAUUUGAUGGCAAUAAUGCCAAGGACGUGCUGAACAAGCUCGGGGGAACAGUGGACGCCGACGCCUUCUACAGCUAUGAUCUCAUCAGUUGA